AUGGGGUCAUCCGCGACAUUUCAUGGGAACCAAAAAGCUAUUAUCCAGUCCAUUAUCCAACGCCAGAGUCCCAUUAUUGCUAUCAUGCCCACUGGAGCUAGGAAGAUGGUUAAGAUUGAAGUAUAUGAGCCAUGCAAAGAAGCCAUUGCAGAGCAGAUGAUGACAUGGAUUGAGCAGCGAGUCCAGCAGCUACAUCAUGGGAAAGUGGUCAUAUACACCAAUAUAAUUGCCACCGUGCAGCAGAUCGUGCGUCAAUUACAAUGUCCCGCAUAUUACAGCAAGGCCAUCGAUAAAAAGGGCAUGUUAGCAUCAUUCUGGAAGCAGAGUCCUGGGGUGAUUAUGGCCAUGAGUGCAUUGGGAAUGGGGAUUGAUAUCCCCAAUAUCCAGCUGGUGAUCCACGUGGGCCGGACACAGUCAUUAUUGGAUUAUGGACAGGAGAGUGGACGGGCCGGACGAGAUGGUGGUGCGAGUCAGGCCAUCAUAUUAAUUGAUGGCCAUGGACGAGGAUGGGGAGAUCCACCCCAGGUUGAUCCCCAGGUGGAGGAAUAUAUUAUUGGUAGUUGUCGACAACAGAUAUUAGAUGAAUAUUUAGAUGGGAAUGUAGAUGGAUAUAUCUGGCAGCAGUGUGAGGAUGGUGAGGCUAUAUGUGAUCAGUGUCAGACUAUUACAUCCACUAACACUAAGAGUAUUGAUGAAGCUAGUGAUGAAGCCAGUGAUGAAGCUAGUGAUGAAGCCAGUGAUGAAGCCAGUGAUCAAGCCAGCAGUGAGAACAUUACCAAGGGCAUAAGAGAUCCAACCCCAGCGCGAUAUAAACGACCCAUUUCCCCAUAUUUGAUCCCGCCAGUGGCCAAACGUCAUAAAAAUCCCAUAUUCCCAUCCCCAGCAUAUUACCAGGCUCCCAUCCAAUGA